AUGUCCUCUCUCAGGAAAGCACUCUCAGCCAAAGUCAAAUCUCACUCCCUCCACUCGUCCUCCAAUUCUUCCUCUCCGUCCCCGGAGCGGUCUGUGCAGAAGACGAACGGUGACCCCCAUCCGCUUCUCAACGGAUGCACAGACAAACACGCCAACCGCGAUGCCUCUCGUGCACAGGUCGAUAACACCGACACCGAGGGCGAGAUGACUGCACAGCAGCAGGAGGAUACACGCGUCACUCAACCACUCCAAAGGCCAUCUACUGAACUCAAUCCCCAUAUGUCGUUCACUCAACAGAAGGAGGGCCGCCGCCACGACCGGGAGCAGAAGGACGAGGAGGAGACAAAGAAUCGCAGGGAACAACUGGAGAAAAUCCACCAAGAGGACCCUCUUCGUGAUAACUGGGGAAAUUGGCCGCUCCCCAUGUCCCAGGAACGAACGUCUCCCCGCCUUCGGUCAACGCUCAAGUCUGUUUCACAAAUGCCCCCAGGCGAUUACGUUGCCUUUCGCGCCAGAAUUCAUCACUUACGCCCCCUAGGCGUGAAGAUUUUAUUUGUCGUCUUCCGCAGCCAGCUGACGACGCUGCAGGGCGUGCUCGCAGAAGACUCGGAGCACGUCUCGGAGCAUAUGAUUCGAUGGGCUGAAGGACUCAACCGCGAGACAGUUGUGUACGUCGAGGGUGUCGUGCAGACACCUCCGGCGGACCAGGAGGAGGUACACAGCACUAGUGUGCAUAACAGGGAGAUCAGAGUCCAGAAGCUGUUCGUCGUCGCGGCGCCCUCUGCGAUACUCCCAUUUCAGGUGCAGGACGUGUCGAGGUCUCUGCAUGUGAAUGAUAAGGAGUUUCCUGCUGGACGGGUUGGCGACAAUACACGCCUGUCCAACCGCGUCCUUGAUCUCCGCUCCUCGCCAUCGCAAGCGAUCUUCCGUAUUCACGCCGGUGUUUGUGCUCUCUUCCGCGAAUUCCUGGUCUCGCGCGGUUUCCUCGAAAUACAGUCAUCAAAGUUCCAGGAGAGCAGCACGGAGUCGGGCGCUGCCGUCUUCAAGGUGGAUUACUUCCGCCGCCCUGCGUUCCUCGCGCAAAGUCCACAGCUCGCGAAGCAGAUGUGCAUAGCCGCGGACAUGGAGCGCGUCUUCGAGAUCGGUCCCGUCUUUCGUGCGGAGAACUCGAAUACCCAUCGUCACCUUACAGAGUUUACCGGACUCGAUCUCGAGAUGUCGUUCGACUCGCAUUACUGGGAGGUGUUGGAUAUGAUUGAUGAGAUGCUGAAAUAUAUUUUCAAGGGCUUGCAGUGCCAGUAUCGGGAUGAGAUUGAAGCCGUCAAGCACAUGUAUCCGUCGGACGACGUCGUCAUACUUGACAAGACACCGCGGCUGAAGUUUGCGGAUGGGAUCAGGAUGCUGAAGCAGACCGGGUGGAAGGAAGAGGAUGGGUCUGAGCCGAGCGAGUGGGAGGAUCUCAGUACGCGAGCGGAGCAGCGUCUCGGGCAGGUCAUCAAGGAGAAAUAUGGCACCGAUUACUACAUCCUAGAUAAGUUCCCUGCCGAUGUGCGCCCAUUUUAUACCAUGCCCGAUCCACACGACAACCGCCUGUCGAACUCGUUUGACAUCUUCCUCCGUGGCGAGGAGAUACUAUCAGGCGGACAGCGUAUACAUCAUGCGCCUUUACUCGAGCAGCGUAUGAUGGCGGCAGGAAUCGACCUAGAUUCUAUGAAGGACUACGUCGACGGGUUCAGAUGGGGAUGCCCACCGCAUGGUGGCGGCGGCAUAGGUCUCGAGCGUGUUGUGAUGUUAUUUCUCAAGUUAGGCGACGUCCGUUGGGGGAGCUUGUUCCCUCGAGAUCCGAGAAGCUUUCCAAAGAACGGCGCGGACCUCGCUGAAGCACACAUGACCGCCGCGAUGGCGACGAUUUUGCACGGCCCCGAGUCGACGACAUUCAAGCCGGGUUGUGUGUAUCAUGACCUUCCCCCCCUUGAGAAUCUUAUUGCAAAGUAUGGUGACGCUUCGAAUACUUCUUGGAUCGACCCAGCGUGGACCAUCUGGCGAGACAAGACGACUGGCGCCGCGGUCGGCUACAUCCCGCACGGUGCGUUUGCGGUGGCGUUCGGCAACCCGCUCUGCGAGCACACGCAAAUUCCUGCUGUCUGCAAGGCUUUCCUGGCAUACGUUGAGUCGCAGGACCUCAAGCCGCUGUGGUGCUGCGUGGACAAGGAGGCCGAACGCUACCUCGCCGAAGACCUUGGCUGGAGUGCCAUCAUCGCGGUCGCUGAGGAGCGGCUGAAUCCGAUCGAGGUCGACCCAGCAUCGGACGACAAGACAGCACGGAGGAAGAUCCAUCGAGCGGAGCGAGAGGGCGUGAAGGUCGUCGAGGUCAGCGGGGACAUGGAUCCACAGGUGAGGGAGGAGCUCGAGCGGCGAUGCAAGGAAUGGGAGGAGAGUAGGAAGGGCACGCAAAUCCACUUGACGGGCGUGCGGCCAUUCGACGACAUGGUACACCGCAAAUAUUUCUACGCACGCGAUAAGAACCAGGAGAUCUGUGCGCUGGUCGUGUUGGCGCAACUUUCGCCCACUCACGGCUUCCAGAUCAAGUGGGCACUAGAGUUUGAUGGUGCACCCAACGGCGCGAUUGAGUACAUUCUCGCAUCGGUCAUAAAGAAGCUUGGUGAUGCGGGGGUUCGCUCUGCGACUUUCGGCGCUGGUGCCGCACCGCGCCUGCAACGCGCCGACAACGUUGGCGGAUUCAGGGUGCGAACUCUGGAAAGGAUAUACAAUGGCCUGUCACAUACGUUUCAUCUCAUGAACAAGGGUGACUUCAGGUCGAAGUUCGGUAUUCACCAAGAUCCAUUGUAUAUCUGCUAUCCAUCAAGUGGUCUAGGUAUGAGGGGAAUCGAAGCUAUCAUGUCGGUGCUGCAGACACCGAAAUGA